CACAGUUUCAUCUUCCCCCAAGUCAUCACCACUUCUUUUGUUUUUUUCCUCAUCCUUCAUAGGUAACAAACUUCAAAGUUCAAAGUUUAGCCAAAACAGAAGAUGAAGCUAGUGGUUGUACAAUUAUCCAUAAUCUUUAUUCUCCUCACAUCUUCAUUUUGCGAACUUUCAACCGCUGAUUCGUCAUGUGGUGGAAAGUGCGAUGUGAGAUGCUCAAAAGCUUCACAACAUGAAGAGUGCCUCAAGUAUUGCAAUAUAUGUUGCGAGAAGUGUAAUGGUUGUGUUCCGUCUGGCACUUUUGGAAACAAGGAUGAAUGUCCUUGCUACCGCGAUUUGAAAAACUCCAAAGGCGGUCCCAAGUGCCCUUGAUUUACAUAUUUAUUUUUUGAUGAUCAUCGUCAUCACUUACAUAUAUAACAUCUCUAUAUGUAUGGAAAAAUAUUCAUGACAAUUAUGUUUUGAUGUAUGAAAUAAAAGCUGUAAGCUAAAUAUAUGAAAAUAUGAGAGAUCUUGGCAAUAAAACUAAUUAAUAUCUUGA